AAAAAAAAAAAAAAAAAAACUCAUUCAUUGUGUUUCAAUAUCAUUCCAUUCAUAUAUCAUACUCCUUUCCGAAACCAGCCACUCUCAAAAUCGCAAACAAAAUCUUCCAUUUCACCGCCUCACCGAUUCUCUCACACUCUCUCUCCCAUUCUCUCUCUCUCUCUCUAGAAUCUCCCUCUCUCUCCUCCGCCAUUGCCAAUGCCGUAACUGUUUCCGCUUCUCUAACCGCUUCCGACGAACAUUCCUCACCGGCGAUCCCCGCCGCAAUAAUUUCUAGGGUUUUCCAUUCCUUCGCCGUGGCAUCGUUGCCGAUAUGGCUCCAUGGCGCCGACGUGGAGCAAAUAAAGCCAAGGCCAAUGCGCACUUGACCCUCGGCGAUCUCGUUCUCGCUAAGGUUAAAGGUUUCCCCGCUUGGCCUGCAAAAAUAAGCAGGCCUGAAGAUUGGGAAAAAAAACCUGAUCCGAAGAAAUUUUUUGUUCAAUUUUAUGGGACCGAAGAAAUAGCUUUUGUCCUCCCUGCUGAUAUUCAGGAAUUCACCAACGAGGUCAAAACUAAGACGAUUGCUCGGUUGCAUGGUAAGACGAAGUGCUUUACCCAAGCUGUGAGGGAAAUCUGCGCAGAAUAUGAUGAGUUAGAGAAACAGAGAGCUGGUGGUUUGACAGAUGACACUGAUGAUGCACGUGUUGGGUCAGAGGCCCCUUCUUUUGAUGGGGUAGUGGAUGAUGUAAAGGAUGUUACUGAUGCUGUGGUAUCAAAUGUAGAAAAAGCGAAGACUGUUAUGGAAGAUGUUGGCUCAAAUUUGGAGCACCAUGAACAAAGAUGUGGAGAAACUGAUUGCCAGGAUGAAAAGCCUUCUACAUCUGGCCGUGCAACUGACGGUUCAUCUCCUGUUUUGUCACCUGUGUUGGAAAGUAAAUCAUCCAUUGGUACAGAACUAAACAAGCACAAUAUCAAAUCAGGCCUUGAGGAUAAAUCAUGUCGAAAGAAUGAAGUUUCUGAUAUUAAGGAUUUUUGCAAAGUUAACGACUUCAAGCAUGAUGAUAAUGCACAGAGUGUUUCUACUGAUGGGAACAAGGCAAGAAAGCUUGUUACUAGCUCAAGGAAGAGAAGCGAAGUUGCAGCUGAUAAAGAAAUAAGUGGAUUUGAUAUAGCAUUUUCAAAGGGUGAAAAAUCUGCAGGCCAUGCUAAUCUUUUCAGGUCUAGAGAGACAAUGAAAGAUGGGAAAAGGGGGAAAAAUGCUUUCUCUGUCGAUUCUGAAGAUGCUCCUAAAUCAGAUCCAGGUAUUAACAGCGGAAAUAAAGAUAAGAACUUGCUGAAAGCUAAAACAAGCCUUAAGGUAAAAAAUGAGUUGCAGGAGAGUUUUGUUGAUUCUGAGGAGGCUGAUAGAACAAAUUCUUUCAAGAAAAACAAGACCCAAGUUCAAGGAAAGAAUAAUUGGGGACUGAAUGAAACUUUACAUGCCACCAAGAAGCUCAAGAGUAUAGAUGUCAAAGACAGAAAAACGUUAAAUUCUCUCUCUGAAGAUAUGAAGAGUGCUUCACCUGUCUUCCCCAUUGAUUCUGAGGAGGCUGAUAGAAAGAAUUCUUUUAAGAAAAACAAGACCCAAGUUCAAGGAAAGGGUAAUUUGGGAACAAAUGAAACUUUACAUGCUACUGAGAAGUUAAAGCGUAUGGAUGUCAAAGACAACGAACCUUUAAAUUCUCUCCCUGAAGAUAUGAAGAGUGUCUCACCUGUCUUAACUGUUGAUUCUGAGGAGGCUGAUAGAAAGAAUUCUUUUAAGAAAAGCAAGACCCAAGUUCAAGGAAAGCGUAAUCUGGAAACAAACGAAACUUUACAUGCUACCAAGAAGUUAAAGCGCAUGGAUGUCAAAGACAACAAAGCUUCAAAUUCUCUCUCUAAAGAUAUGAGGAGUUCUUUGCAAGUCUUUCCUGUUGAUUCUGAGGAGGCUGAUAGAAAGAAUUCUUCUAAGAAAAGCAAGACCCAAGUUCAAGGAAAGGGUAAUUUGGGAACAAAUGAAACUUUAUUUGCUACUGAGAAGUUAAAGCGUAUGGAUGUCAAAGACAACAAACCUUUAAAUUCUCUCCCUGAAGAUAUGAAGAGUGCUUCACCUGUUUCUACUGUUAUAGGUAACAAGGCAUUGAAAAAAACAGAGUUGAAAAGGUCUUCUUCAAGUUUGAAAACAGAGAAAGGGUUGUCAUCUAGGGCUCAGACUGCUAAAGUAGAUUCCAAUGAUUCUGUUUGUGAAGUGCUGACUGGUACAAAACAUCAUAGUCAAGAACGGAAAGCUUUGCCUCAUUCUGCUAAUCUUUCUUCUGAUCAACAUGCAGAAAUGAGUUCUACUAGACUGAAAGGGGAUGCAGAUAAUCUUGCAGUUAAACAACUACAGAGGAAACGCAGAGCUGUUUGCCUUGGGGAGGAUGAUGAUGAUGAAUCCAAGACUCCUGUUCAUGGAGGAGCUUCUAAAACUAUUAGAUCACCCUCUCUUGUUUCAGAGGCUGUGAAGAGCAAUGAUCCGUUGUUAGAGAAUGCCGAUGUUUCUCAGCUGAAUAAGGAAAAACCUGGUACACCUGAGGAUAGCCAUUUGAAAGGACAUUUAACUAAAUUAUGUAAUGUCUCUUUGCCUACAAGGCAUCCUCAAAAAGAGAAUGCUGAUGAAGUUGUUGCUGUCAAUUCACCUCACAGUCCUGAGCAAUUAAAUAGAAAGCGUUUUCCUUCGAAUGUGGAAAAAUUAAGCUCAAUCUCUCCAGUAAAUUUCCCUAAGUCUCUUCCCACAACAAAAUCAAAUGCUGAGCGACAUAAAUCUUCCAAAGCUUUGCCUAAAGUCAGUAAUACUACUCAAAAGAAGGCUGAUAAUGGGUCUUCAAAGAGUUUAAUUAGCACCAACACUUUGCAGAGUCAAGUUAUAACUCAUAAAAAGAAGCCUACGUCUUAUGUUGAAAGGUCCAAAACUACACCAAAGACAUCACCGCAGUCGGUUGAAGUUCAUACUGCAACAGAAAAUUUAAAGGAACUUGAUGUUUUUCAUGUUGAUAGAUUAGAGUUGGGCACAGAAGAAAAAAGUAGCCUAUAUGUUGGUUCUGGGACUCCAGAAAAUGCCAACACUAUGAAGCAUCUUAUUGCAGUUGCCCAGGCAAAAAGGAGACUAGUAGCGCAAUAUCAGUGUCAUCCUUUUGACCUUCAUUAUGCUCAAGUGGGAACACCUAGCCCCUCUAUGGCGCAGCCAUUUCUGUCUGUAUCUAACAAUAGUGGCCAGGCAGAUAUGAAGGAAGUUUAUGAGCACCCAACAUUAGCUUCUCCAUUAAACAAUGGGUAUCACUCCACUUCUCAGAAUCAACUUGAUGCUGAAAAAAAUGAGGAGAUAAGAGUUGGUUCAGGACAAAGGGCUGUUGGGGGAUCUCUGAGUAGUGGUACUGAGGCUGCUAUGGCCCGUGAUGCAUUUGAAGGAAUGAUCGAGACGUUGUCAAGGACCAAGGAAAGUAUUGGGCGCGCAACACGUCUUGCCUUUGAUUGUGCUAAAUAUGGCAUUGCCAAUGAGGUUGUUGAACUUCUUAUCCGAAAGCUAGAAAGUGAAACUAGUUUUCAUCGUAAAGUGGAUUUGUUCUUUCUGGUUGAUUCCAUAACCCAAUGCUCACAUAAUCAUAAAGGCAUUGCAGGCGCUUCUUACAUCCCUGCAGUUCAAGGAGGAUUGGCACGUCUUCUUGGUGCUGCUGUUCCCCGUGGAACUAGUUCCCGUGAAAAUCGUGAAAAUCGUCGCCAAUGUCUAAAGGUUUUAAGGUUGUGGCUUGAGAGGAAAAUUUUUCCUGGAUCGGUUCUUCGCCGUUACAUGAAUGAUAUUGGAGUUACAGGUGAUGAUAUGGCUGGUAGAUUUUCUUUCCGGCGUCUUUCUCGAGCAGAACGAUCUGUGGAUGACCCAAUUAGAGAAAUGGAGGGCAUGCUUGUUGAUGAGUAUGGAAGUAAUGCUUCAACAAUUCAGCUGGCUGGCUUGUUAUCUUCGCAUAUAUUCGUAGAGGACGAUGAUUUUUCUAAUAAUGCGUCUCCAGCUGAUCCUACUCGCACUCUGGUGGAUUCAGAGACUUCUACCGUUACCCCAAGUGACAAGCGACACUGUAUUUUGGAAGAUGUGGAUGGUGAGCUAGAAAUGGAGGAUGUUUCAGGUCAUCCAAAGGAUGAAAAGCCUGUAUUGUUGAACAGUACCUCUGAAAUGGAUUUUCAAUUUCAGGGCUCAGAUAGGAGUUUGGAUCCAGCAUUGAACGUUUCUGGAGAGGAUCAUGUUAUUCGUGAGGGUUCUCCUCCAUUACCACUUGAUUCGCCUCCUACUCCCCCACCUUUGCCUUCUUCACCUCCACCACCUCCAUUAUCUACAUCUCUUCCCCCACCUCCGCCACCCUCAUUGCUACAACCCCCACCUCCUUUACCACCGCCUUGUCCUACACCAUCGUUGAUUCCUCAAUCAUCUGGAACAGCUCAGCCUUCAAUUUCUAUCCUGCCAUCUCAAUCAUCACACCAGUCAUCGCCGCUAUCAGGUUAUCAGCAGCUUCAUAACUCUAAUGGCACAAAUAGUGGCAUCCAAAUAGUUCAAAUGGCUGGAAAUUCUUUUCCUGGAGGUCAAAAUAGCUCUGUUGUGAAGAAUGAAAUAUUGCCACAGCCGUCUGCUUGCUUUCCUCCAAUGGCAGGUUGCAGUUCUCAGGAUUCUUCUGCUUUAAACCCUACAAGGAAGUUGGAAUAUGGACAGAGCGAUAUGCAUCUAAAUUCUCAAAUUCCUAAACCUAAUCAGGAGUUUCAGAUCGGUAAUCCUCGCUUUGCUCCAAGAAACGUGCAUCCCACCCCACCCCAAAAUCCAUCUAAUCAGUAUUUAUAUCCAAAUCCUUUAGUUCAGCAGCAUCCACAUUCUUUCUGUCCACCGCACGUAUUGACAUCCGUUCCAGAUGGCCAGAGGCAAUUUGUUGCCAAUGAGCAGUGGAGGAUGUCAACAAAUUAUUUUCGGCCACCACUUGAAAGACCACCAAUGAGCAACAUAGGUUUUCAGCAUGCGAACGUCAGUAUACCUGUUCCUCCUUCAAAGUCAGGAUAUGGUGUUCCUCAGAUGUUCCCCUUUAGACCAGACAUUCCUGCACUUAAUUGUUGGAGGCCUACCUGAUGUUGAUUGGAUUUUUUUUCCAACUCAUCUGCAAUAUUGGUGUUGCUGUUGCUGGUGGAUCAACAAAUGAAGUUACAUAAUGUGGACUGAAGUUAAUUCACUUGUGUAGUGCGUAUGACUACCCCCAAAGAAAAUUUUGAAAACUUGUGGAGGCUUUUAGCAGGACUGUGUGUAUAUUUAAUUUUUCCUGACGACAAAUCCCAAAGAACAUCGGAUCCCAAGUUUAGGUCCUAGUUUUGACAUUUUUAGUUUACCCGUUUCUCUCACCUCUUGUAAUUAUUACAAAUGAUCUAUAUAUAGAAAUCAGUUUAUACUCUACAGUUUAGAAUACAAUAAUUGAAUGUUGAUGUUACUGAUGUCAGAUAGGGUUAAAAUUGUGUUUAACUGAGUUCUUCUCAUACUGCUGAAUCCUUGCUGCAUAAAUAAAAUUAGUUAUACAUUCGUGCUUUUACCUCUUUC